CCGCGUCCCGCGGCGAGGCCCUUGCCGCGCUGGAGGUCUGGAGCUUCAACCUGCGCACAGAGUCCCAGGAUCUCGCCGACGGGCAGGAUGGCUGGUCUCAGAGGCGCGGCGGCGUCGCCGAGCUGCUGGCGCGCCGGCUCCCGGCUUUGGUCUGUGUGCAGGAGGCGACCCGGCCCAUGUUGGACUUUUUGGUGGCCCGGCUGGGCGGGCGCUACCGCGCGGUGGCGACCUCCCGGACCCCUGGGGCCGAGGACGAGACCGCCGGCUUCCUGUACGACGCCAGCGCCCUUGACCUGGAGGACCACCGCGCCACGUGGCUUGGGCCACCCGGGUGCGCCCCUGGCGACGCGUGCUGGGACGCCAUGUAUCCGCGGACUUUCGAGGCCGCGCUCUUCCGCGUCCGGGGCGCGGAGGCGCUCCCCGCAGGAGGGCUGCGCCCCUUUGCGCCGCGGCUGCGCGCCCUGAACACGCACCUGGACCACGAGGGCCAGUCGGCCCGCCGCCACUCCGCUGGAAUGCUCGCCGAGGCAGUGCGCCGCGCGGUCGCCGAGGCCCCAGGCGCCGCGCAGGUGCUCUGCGGCGACUUCAACUCCCCCAAGGGCGGCGGCAACGAGGUGUACCGUAUCCUGGCCGGCGAGGCGGGCCUGCGGGACGCGGCGCGGGAGGCGGCCGAGGUGGACCUGGCGCCGUCUACGAUCCACAAGUUCCAGGGCCCCGCCUUCGCGUCGCGCCGCGGCGACGGCACCGUGGAGCUCGCGGGCGACCCCGGCGAGGAGGAGGACGCCAGCCACAUCGACUGGAUCCUGUGGAGGGACGGGAGCGGCGCCGGCGGCGCCAGCCUCCGCCCCCGCCGCUGCGAGGUGGUGACGGAGGCCCUGGCCAGCGGUCGUUACCCGUCGGACCACUUCCCGGUGAGCGCGACCUUCGAGCUGCGGUGCGCGGAGGGCUGA